AAACUAAUAAAAAAAAUGAAGUAUCGUGCGUCAAUACAUCUGAUGGUGAUGGUUCUAUUGAGCUUGUACACGGAAGAUGUAAUAGGAAUAGGAAGAGGAAGAGGAACGGUGGUUAUAUACAACAACAUGCGGCGAGGACACUUGUUAAAAAUACGUUGCAGAUCAAAAGACGACAAGCUCGGUUACCACGUGAGACGCUCCGGGGGUAACUACACUUGGUCCUUCAAAGAAAACAUAUUCGGCUCGACCCUCUACUGGUGUCAUCUAUGGAGAGGUCGUAAUUUCAAGGAUCAUGUGAUCAUCGUCGCCUACGAUGCUAAGUCUUUUUCUAGGGGCUGGGUCAGGUGGUCUGCCAAGGAAAAAGGCAUUUAUGAAUCUGUGGAUGGUCAUGAGCCUUACCAUUUCAGGUAUAGUUGGAAUGGUAAAUUCUAA